AUGAAGUACGAUAUCCCGACCCUCCUGGCUCUCAGCCGGAACGCUCGCAUCGACGUCGAGAAGUUCAGCUCCCAGGCGGCUAGUAACAACCUGAUCCGCCGGCGCAAAGCGAGCUCGAACGUCUUGACUGAGAUCUCGGCCAACCACUCGAGAGACGUAUCCAACCACUCUCUGCAGUUUGAGAAAGCUCGCACAGGCUCGGGUACCCAGCUAAGACGCCCUUCUCGCCAGCCUCACGAUCCACCACAAGGAGUUAUUACCCAGUCCGAUAACGGUUUCACCCGGUUUCUCAAGGAGCACUCCUCCUCCAAGCACCAGCGUGUUACAGCAGGAGGUCGAAUCGUACCGAUGAAUUCUCUCGGUCCUGCCCCAAAGAUGCAGCUGCCAAUGGGCCAACAGGGCGUCUCGGCUACUCUGUUCCAGAGCGAGCCGACAACAAAGCUGCCAGAGAAGAACCCUAACCCAACUACGGAUUCGGACUCCAACAACAGCAAUUCCUCGACGCUUUUCUCGAUUCCUGGGGGCAUUUUUCCGGAGCAUACGAAGUUAUUCAGUGGAAGUGGCACUUUGGGUUCGCAGUUUCAGCUUCCGGGUCUGUUUCCAAGCAUAACGCCGGGUCCUGUUACUCCUGCAAUGCUCAUACAGCCCAAUAUUUCUUUACAGUCGGGUGGCCAACACUUCGUUUAUCCAGAAAAUCAGUCUUCAGACUAUUUCUCUCUCCUUUCGAACUGCAAUCCAUAUGGGUUGGGAGCAGAGCAGACUACCUGGUUUCCGACUGCAAACCAAAGCUUGAACUAUCACGGCGCCUCCAUUCCCGUCAUGCCAGCAACAAGCCAGCCGAAUCCGUCAAACUCGGGGUCUUCAUCGGAGUUUUCGACAGGCAGUAGCCUUAGCAAUGCUACUACUGCGUUCAGUACACCCUCGACUGGUCUCGAUCCUGUUUACCAGGCCACUGGAUUGUUCUUUGGGCAACCGCAUACUGCGCCUCAGACGUCAGCGUUCAGCCAGCCUCUGUCCCUCCUCAACGUCCCCCAAGGAGUCCCACACGGCAAGUCGUUGCAAGAGGCCACGAAAGAGCAUGUAUCUCUUUCCGCAGAGCUUUCUCGUCUCGACAGAUACAUGGCUAUGCACACGUGGGAUCUGGACCCUAACCAGAAGCAACUGUUGGUUGAGCAGCGCAUCAAGCUGGUGCGGGACCUGGAUGGUGUACGGACGUACAAGGAGCAACUGGAGAUGAUCUAUGGGCCGAUGAAGUCGGGCACGGCAAAGGUACCGCUUGCACCCCCGCCCGACGCACGAACUCACUCCAUUCGUUGUAAUUCGGGAAAUGUCGCGAAUGAUAGCACUGCGUUACCGAAUCGUACUGCCGGUUCUACCGCCAACCGUGUUCCGUCAACACAGGGAGCGACCAAGUCUAUAAAUGUAUCCUCGACAGUCCCAUCAGUUGACCAACAAUCCAGGCCAGCACCCCAGCGGCAAAAGAAGGAGAACAGGAGCUCGCUCGAAGUCAAGAAGCGUACUUCAACGAAGAAAGACUUCUCGCACGAAGCCAAGCUGCAGAGUCGCCCUAAGGGAGCAAGUAUCAAUCAGAAGUCUGGGAAGCAGGAGACACAGGCUAGGGAAUCUAGUCUAAACGAUGUGUCUACUCUUCUUGGUGACACUGAUGGAUGGGCGACACCUACCGAAUCAGCACCCCCGGAAAUCCGCACGGUCUACCGCAAAAUCGAGGAAGCUACCAAGCGCGGUGCACCGUUGGACGGAUUACUCCAAGAGCUUGCCGCAGUUACCGCGCGCCUUGUAAAAACAGCCGGCGAAGGCAGCAACGGAUCGCCUCGUCCGAAGCCGAAGAGGAUGCAAAGGGAGAGUUCGCAUAGCCAGACCGGAGGUGAAACGGACGUGACGAGAGCCUUCCCUCAAGCCAUCGAAGGAGGUGAACGGCCAGCAAGGCUUGCGGCAAGAAGGCAAUGGGCAUCGGAGGAACAAUCUCGGACAUCUGCAAGGGUUAUAAUCACAUACGAGACGGAUGACGAUGAAGAGUCGUGGUCGUCCUAUUCCACAACUGAUUCAUGGGCUACCAUACAAGAAGGAGAUAAACGAUGGGUCGAGAGGCAACUACUAGGAGAUGGGAACCGUGAAACGAGCAAAAGCCAGGAAGCCUCGAAAAGUGCCGCGAAGACUGGUAGUCAAGUGCAGAAAAAGCUCGAUACCCUGGGAUGGAUUCAGAGCACAAGCCCCGACCGCAUGGCCCCGGGGGAACUUCGCCAGUCCAGUAGCUCUACUUCCGGUAACAAUGGACUGUCGAGCCAGACCGAGAGCACGAAGAAGAGCCAUCAUCCGUUAUCGAAGCAGUAUUUCAGCAAAGACCGUGAAGGCCUGGUUCCGCAGAAGUCGGCUGCUUUGGCAACAUCUCAAAAUGUGAAUGCCCACGCUUGUCUUCCUCAAUUCGAUGGCGCAGAAGAAAUACCGAGCGGUUUAGCCUUGGGUCCAUGUUCCACAGUGCUCCGACAGUCAUUCCGGCGUAUUAGCGAAAACGACAGAUGA